GUGUUUUCUUGCGUUAGUCGAGUCUGCAAGCAGUGGUCCGUGUCCUCUUCAUUGUAUAUAGUGAGAGUGCAUUCACAUGAACUAUAACACAGUAUUGCAUGCUGGACUUAUAUAACCCGAAUCUGCUCGAAAGAAGCAUGUGGCGGCUGCUUCUUCUCGCCCUUUUGGCGGCGGCGGAAGACUCCAACGACGGGGACAGAAAGGUGCUAGGGUCUAGUGUCGUCACAUCGGUUUCCGUCAUAAUGGACGCCGGAAACGGUUCGAAAAUUUACACCGAUGCGGUUGGCAAGCCUGUAUCAAAACCACACGUCGCAACUGAUGUUGCCAGUCCCAUCGAAUUACUAAAUCCCGAUCGAUAUGAGUUUUACACAUUUGAUGAUGAUGGUGAUUUGAUUAAAAGAUUGAUGACACUAGAGGAAAUCCAAGAUAUCAUAGCAACCGGUGAUGAUGACGUCACACUUGAUGCUUUCAUGCCGGAAAAAAGAGUCAACGAUGUGGUCAAUAAUGUGCAAAAUGUGCUUAAGGAGGAAAUCAAGCAACAUAAGAAUCCGGAAAAACCGGAGUUUGAUACUCCGGAUGUGUCCGAUUCGUGGAGUAUGAUACUUCCAGCCGUUUUUGGCAACUCGGGGGCGGAUAUUAAGCCGGAACCGCCCACUAGUCACGUGACACCUGAUACGGUGUUGGUAAUGGCCACCACUGAGCAAAUCUCGACCACUCAGAAAGUCAUGACUUUGCAAACCGAUGGUACUAGUAGUACUAGUACUACCACUAGUACUACUAGUACUCCUAUGAUCAAUGUUGAAAUCAUCACAAACUCAAACUCGACGACUGAGAGAACUGAAAACUUGUCACCUGUUGUUGAAAUCAAGCCACAACAGGACGUCGAGUUCAAAAACAACGUAAGGAAAGGGACGAAAAGGCCUUUCCCGGCCAAAAGUACCACCUUUAAGCCCUUAAGAAGGCCCACAAGGACUACGACUUUAAUAACAUCGCCUUCCACCACUACAACAACCACAACAACAACAAAACCUCCAACAACAACAACAACAGAACUUGUGGAAGAGACGGUAGUACCAGAAGCCAGUGUCCAGUUUGAGAAAAUCGCACAAGAAACAACAACUACAACAGAGUUGUCCACGACAACAACAACAGAGCUUGAAACAACAACAACUGAAAAGCCUAGUACCACCGAAACAACCUCAACUGAAAGGCUACGAAUCACUGAAACGACAACAAUUUCAACUGAAAGGCCAAGUACCACUGAGAAAGUGGUACCUGAGACGACAACAACUCCACCGCAAGAAGAGACGUCAACUUUUGGUACGUUUAGUACCUUUUUCCUGAUUAAUGAUAACAAAAACCGGCCAGAACCCGACUUGAGUACCCUUGGUACCGAAUACGUGACGAUCAAAACAGUGAGUACCAACACAACAGAAUCGACAGUACCCGAUCUUGAACAGUUCCUCCUCACCUCAACUAACAUCUACGAAAUCAAUUCGCAAUUAUCCGAAGGUACUAGCACUAGUAGUGAGGAAAAAACCGAGACGACCGAGGCGAGUGAGAAAUUUUUGAUCCGACUUACGAAUCCAACGGAAGUACCAUCGACCACGACCGAUCAGACGUUUAUUGAGACAAUUGAACAACUUAUUUCCCAGGCGGUUGGUACGCCUGGACCGGUCAUGGAAACACAAAAAGAAGCCUCGAUGGUGGAAGAAAUGAUGAUAAAGAGUGCGAAUAAAACAAUGGAUGAGGUUAUGGCCGAGACUGCCACAGCAGGUUCCAGUCUAAUAGGCGUAACAACAGUGGUACCAACUACCGAAACUACAACAAUCGACGAUCGUGAUUUGUUGAGUGAUUCAGUUGAUUCGCUUUUGUCGCAAAUUUUGCAAUUCUCGACGACCGUGGAACCAGAAACUACGACAGUAGUACCAACCACGGUACCAUCCGAGAGUCACAUCAUCAAUAUUACAAUUAUCCGGAAUGAACCCAAGCCGGCCAAAGCUGACUUGAGUCUAGAAAUGGAAUACGACGCGAUGAUUGACGAAAUGCGCAAAAAUGGUACCUUGGUACUCGACGAAACCACUGUUGGUACCACAACUGAGGAAACUACAACUGAAUCUAGUACUAGUACCAGUAGUACCACAACCGAAGCUAAACCCUCAAUUGAGAUCACAAUUAACGAAAGUACCAAAAACGAUUCAGGUGGUACCUGGACUCUUGUUUCCACUCUCUCCCCCCACACAACUCAACCUCCUCAAACCACUCAAUCCCCACUUAUCUCAAUUGUUGAUCCUCCCGCUCCCGUUGAUUUGGUCCCUAAACCCCUCCAAGGCUUCGGAUUGGAGGACAGUACUGCCAACCUAGACACCGAUAUUUACCAAUUCGUCCAAUUGUGCAAUGAAUUGGCUUUCGGAUUUUGGAAAAGUGUGACAAAUGGGCUAAGUUCGGCCCGUAGUGUCGUGGUGUCCCCCUUCGCAGCCACCUCCCUCCUCGCUAUGGUGUUCCUGGGGGCCCGGGGGGCCACCUCAGGGGAGAUGAAUGAGAUUCUCAAACUGGACGAUAUGGUAACGUUCAACCCCCAUCUCAUUUUUAAAAAUGUCUCAGAGUCGAUUGAAGCUACCCCCGAUUCGGGGGUGGCCGUCUCGGCCAUUAUCAGAGAGUUGUACAGUGAUAGGAGUAAGGGGAAGUUGUUGGGCUUCUAUAAGGAGAGGGUGAGGCAGUUUUAUGACGGGCAUGUCGAGGAGGCGAGUUUUAGAGAGAUUGGGGAUGUUAUCAGGAGGAGGACUAACCUCCUAGUCAAGAAAAAUACAGAUGGGAGGAUUGCGGAGUUCCUCAAGGAUGGGAAUCUAGUGCCCAAGCCGCCCCUGGCUGGAGUCAGUGUCAGCAUUUUCCAGACGGAUUGUUCGCAAGGUUCGACGGAAGGCCGCGACGGGGAGCUCCACUUCGUGGUCCUCCCCUCGCUCCGCCAGCGCCGCCUCAUCCCCAUCCCCGCCACUGUCUAUCGCUCGGGCUUCGUCGCCGGCUACGAACCCAGCCUCGACGCCACCGCCGCCGCCCUCGGCUCCAAAGACUCCACCAUCUCGACAAUUUUCAUAAUCCCAGGACAACAGGGCGUCACCGCCCCCGGGGACGGCCUCUCCCGCCUCGAGAAACGCCUCGUCGAGAGCUCGUUCAAGAAAGGGGCGUGGUCACGCCUCCUCCGCUCGCUCAUCCCCCGCCCCGGCUUGGAACUGCAAAUCCCACGUUUCCAACACCGCUCAUUGGUCAACGCCACCCAAUCCCUGAAACGCAUGGGCUUGCACGAGCUGUUCGAUUCGCAAAAGGCGGAUUUGAAGGGGCUGAACGGCGCCGCCCACGAACUGUACUUGUCCGACGUCGUCCAACUGAACGAGUUUGCGACGUGCGGGGAGGGGCGAGUUGGAGAGGGGCAUCACAAGGAGGUGUAUCCGGCCACGGCGGAGAGGCGGAGCUUGGACUGGGAGUACUACCAGAGGGCGUUUCAUGACCCGUUGCAUGAUCCCAGGUACCUGGAUUUGCCGUUAGCGCAAAGACCGAGACAGGCUAGGUUGCCCGAAACGCCUAGGUUGAGGUUCGAUCGGCCAUUUUUGUACUUUGUGAGGCAUAAUCCGAGUGGGCUUAUUUUACACAUGGGGAGGUUCCAUCCUAGGUUAUUGCCAUAAGGUGGGGGAGGAAGGUGUAUAUAGUUUGAGAUGGAACUAUCGAACUGAGAGAGAUGGAUAGUUGCAUGUCGAAAGCUUUUAUUCACUAAUUUAUUGUAAAUCUAGACGAUUUGUGUGUAAAGUUGGAUCUUAAAUUAUUUUAGUGCAAUUUUUGUAUUUUUACCUUAAGAAUUACAAAUAAACAAAUGACUGUUUCA